UCCCCCUCAACCGGAAGAUGGCCGGAAUGGAUAUCCGGGUGCUCACAGUCUGCGUCCUGCGCGAUCGUGGGCCGAAAACAUGAAACUCCUGACCCACAACAUGCUCACGUCCCACGUGCGGGGCGUGCGACCCGGAGGAGGGUUUCCCCUUCUCAUCAAGGCUACAGAGGUGAAGGUGAACAACAUCGAUUUCAACCCAGAGUUCACCGCUCGGAUGGUGCCCAAAAUUGAAUGGGCAGCUCUGGUGGAGGCCGCAGAAAGUUUGGGUCACCGGUCAGAUCUUCCCUCAGAGCCCAUCCCCGACUACGAGAAAAAUGAAGAUUUUCUUCGGAAAGUGCAUCACGUCUUGAUGGAGGUGGAGGUGAUAGAAGGUGUAUUGAAAUGUCCGGAUACAGGGCGGGAAUUUCCCAUCACUAAGGGUAUACCCAACAUGCUGCUGAGUGAAGACGAAACAUGAGCUGUUCUGCUCUUGAAAAAGCGCCCGAAGAAGUGAGAGGUGGAGGAGGAGAAAUAUCUUCCCUGCAACUGCCUUUGCAUUAUUGUUUUGUGUGUGUAAAUAAAUACGAAUGAUGCUGUUGACAGAGUC